ACUCUAGAUGGCUGGGAAAUUUAUCCCCAAUAUUCACACUUAUCUUUGCUUAACGAUAAUGUUACUUAGAUGCUAAAAGCCACGAUGCGAACUGCGUUCAGGAUGGUGUUAAAUAGUCGGUGUUAAUAAUAUUAAAAUAAUGUAACGUGAGGGGACGAGCUCGCUGGGCAACGUCACGUAAAGCAUUGUUGUGAUAGCUAUGAGCUAACCAUCAACAUAAUUUAUAGGCAACUAACCGACGUUACUGUAGGCUACGUUAUAAGCAGUAACAGCAGGGUUGACACACGCUUGUCUGUCAACUAAGCUCCACUGUGUUUUUUCAGGUUCAAUACAGAAGAAGGACAAUGGAAGAGAUAAAGACCGAGCCUGUGGAUUUUGUGAAGGAAUUCCAAGAAUACCUGACACAGCAAACCCAGCACGUCAACAUGAUCUCAGGCUCUGUUUGCGGAGAAAAAGAGCCGGGGGAGCCGUUUCAAGCCGUUGCGCCCAGGAGUGAGCAAAAUGGUCUGGAUCCGUCUGUGGAGGUGAGCCUGCCAACGGAGGAUGGGUCAGAUGUACAAAUGGACGGCCUGGAGAGGACCUGUGAUGGAAAGUACAAGUGCAGCUACUGCAGCUAUGCCAACAAGGGCAUGGCUCGUUUAAUAGAGCACAUCCGCAUCCACACAGGAGAAAAGCCUCAUCGCUGCCAGCUGUGCCCGUUUGCUUCAGCGUACGAGCGCCACUUGGAAGCCCACAUGCGCUCGCACACAGGAGAGAAACCGUACAAAUGUGACCUCUGUGCCUUCCGCUGUAGCGACCGCAGCAACCUGUCGCACCACCGUCGCCGCCGCCACAAGCUCCUGCCCACCAGGGUUGUCCGUUCUCCUUUCUCCAACAAGAGAAUUUUGAGCUCCUUACAGAAGAGAACAGGCUCACUGGGCUUCAACAGGCGACUACUCAUCAACUUCAACCCUCCCUCCAUGGUGAUGCCAAAGUCGGAUUAUCUGAACGACUUGUCUCACAAAGUCCACUCCCAUUUGAAUAGCAGUGAGUAUAAUAACCAUCCCAAGGUAGAUGAGAACGACACUCACAACAGAGGUGCUAAUGGUUUGACUUUUAAUAACCCACUGGACCAGCUGUCUACACUCGCUGGCCAGUUAACCAACCUUCAUCCUGAGUCCCAGACUCUUGCAUCCCCAGACAGGGAGUCCCUAAAAGACGAGAAGCCCAUCCUCAUACAACAGGUCUCUAGUGAACACGUCGCCAUGUGUUCAAAUGAAGCACAGACUUUACCACCUAAAAAUGAAUCUCCCACCUCAGGUCAUGGGAGUUGCAGUCCUGUUCCCGGCCUCGGAUUUGAGAGCACUCUUACUGCGAGCCGUAGCAACAGCCAGCCGAGCACACCGACCCCUGCCCUGAACACACCGGACCAACGGUUCUUACAGAAAUGCCAGCACUGUGAUAUUCACUUUCUGGAUAAUAUCCUCUACACCAUUCACAUGGGCUGUCAUGGCUACGAACAUCCAUUCCAGUGCAACAUCUGUGGUCACAUGUGCAUAGACAAGUACGACUUUUCAUGCCAUUUUGCCCGUGGACAACAUAAAAAGUGAUUCCUUGUAGCAACAUUGAUGCAUAUGGUCUUAGGUCUUUUUAUUUUCAGUACGUUGCUUGUACAGCAUCUAAACAUAGUGACACUGAUUUACAUUUUUUGUUAUGUACGGUUUACUAUUCCCUUAUCCUUUUAUACUCAAUGUACUGCAGUUCUACAUGGUUUUUAGCUUUUCCUAUUUGUUUUGGAUUGAUUGUUACAAAGGAUGGACAAAACAACAGAAACAUCUUGCAACAGCUCUGCAGUGUCAUUUCAACUCGUCCUACAUUCAGUAUUAGUUAAGGCAUUGUUACUAAUAUCCUUCUUUGUCAAUGCAGCUGCUUUUGUUUGACAUAUUAUCCUGAUAUUUUUAAGAUUUUGUUUUCUGUGUCUCAUAACUUUGCAGUGACCAGGAUUUCAUUCAGCUCCUAUAGUAAAUCACAAUAACAUAGACAGCUUGAUGUGAGACAUUUAAAACAAAUACCAACAGUAUUUAACAGUAAACAUCAUGAGCUUUUCCAGCUCAGUAUUCAUAAUGGGGCUGUUAAACAGUUAUCCAGCAUCUGCAUAUGGCUUGUUUGUCUGAAUACACACCAAAGUUUCCACCUCAGUUAAUAUUAGACGGAUACAUUACACUGUGAGAAACUAAAGUGGGAUGUUGCUUAAUUGUCUAAUCUGUUCAUGAGUUUGUGUCCAGGCAGAUUUAUUAUAAUACUGCCUGCUGUUCUGAUAUUUAUGUAUACCUCACUCGCAGCAGGUGUCAGUCAAAUCAGUAAUAUUUUAUAGAUAUUUUUUUCUUACUAAAUUAUACCCAUGGAACAAGUCUAUAUAAUUUGUCCUGAGUAGUUUUGUGGUACCACUUUUUAGAACAAAAUCUAAUUUCACUGUAGCACUGUUUUUAUGUGUAUAGUAGCAGAUGUUGAUACUAAAUAUUUAAUUGAUGUAGAUCCCUGUGACUCUAACAUGUAAUACGAAGUAAUGUUACUUUUUAUUUAAAUUUAAUAGUUUUUGAUUUGUGUGAAUCCCGGGGUUCAAAGGAAAUACUUGUUUGUAUGUAAUUAUCUUAUUAUGGACAGAAAGUAAAAAUUUGAGAU